GUCACGUGAUACGGUCUCCAUCGUCGCCAUCUUGAAGCGGUGGCCGGGGCCCUUUAAAAAACAAAGUCUGCAGCAGUAAGCGCUACAGCUACUCUAAACAAAGAAUGAUGUAACACAUACAUACCAUAGUUACACCUGUGGUAACUUCCAGCAGCUACAAGCAUCCCAGAUCGAUGCAUCUGAAGGUAUUAUGGAAGAAGGAAGCAGUGUUGCAGUAUUGAUGCCAAAUAUUGGGGAACAGGAAGCUGUGCUGAUUUCUGAAACAGUCAUUGGCCCAACACUGCAGAACAGUGAAAAUCAGAGAAAAUGUAAAACUGAUCCACUAAUCCAUGUCAUCCAGAAACUAAGCAAAAUAGUGGAAAGUGAGAAGUCACAAAGAUGCCUUUUAAUAGGGAAAAAACGUUCCCAUCCUAAUGCUUCUGCACAGUCUUUUGAUGCAGAUGAUCUUUCUGAAAUCCCGGCUAAAGCAAUUGAGCUAUCUGUUAUUGCUACUAAAAAGACUGAAGAGUUACAAGCAGAUUAUUUUGUGACUGAAUGUCUUCCACAAAGCAAAAAAAAAGUGACAUGCUACCAGUGUAGUCUAUGUAAAUUUCUAUCACCUUCUCUCUUGACACUACAAGAGCAUAUAAAACAACAUGGGCAGAAAAAUGAAGUGAUACUAAUGUGCUCAGAAUGUCAUUUUGCUUCCAAAAGCCAAGAAGAACUUGAAUCCCAUUUCCAAAAUUACCACGAGAGUGAUGGUAAAAACAGCAUCCAGACAAAAGUGCAGCAAUGUGUAAAUGUCACAAGUUCGGUUUUGCAAGGGCCAGUGGAAGGAAGUGUCAAAUCAGGGACUGAUCAGGCAGGAAAUCUGGACUGUAAAGAUGUGACUCAGUCUACUAAUAUGCCUGAAAUGGGUAGGAGAAAAUGGUAUACUUACGAGCAGUAUGGCAUGUACCGCUGUUUAAUUUGUCGGUACACCUGUGGACAGCAAAGAAUGUUGAAAACACAUGCUUGGAAACAUGCGGGUGAGGUUGAUUGCUCCUAUCCUAUCUUUGAGGAAGAAAAUGAAACUGCCAGCUUGUCAGAGACAGUAGUAACUCACACACCUCAUAGCAUGGAUACAGUUGUUCUUUCUUUGGAAAACAGUGAACUUGAUAUCCAUAGUGAACCGUCUCUUCAACUUCAGAUUUGCAAUUCUGAGCAACUGUCUUGUAAAUCACCAGUAGGAACAAAUGUAAAAGAGGAAGGGAUGUUAAAUCAGUCUGUAGUGCAUUCUCCUACUACAGAGGUUUUAGAGGAGACUGUAUCAGAUACGGAACAGGAUAAUAUGAUAACUGAUAGCCUACUUUCAUCAGCACAGAAAAUCAUCAAUUGUAGUCCAAAUAAAAAGGGUCACGUUAAUGUAAUAGUAGAGCGCUUGCCAGGUGCUGAGGAAAGUAUCUUACAAAAGCCUUUUUUGAUGGACACUGACACUGAAACAGAAAAAAAAUUGAUCUCAGAGGAGUCCCGUGUUACUUGUGAAGAACCUGAUGAAGUUUACUGUUCAGAUGAAAUUCAAGAAGUAAUAAUAGGAUGGAAUAAUACCGAGAAGAAAGAUAAUGAAUUAAGCUCUAAUAAAAAUGUGACAACUGAUGAAAAUGUGCCUCCUGCACGAAGAAGGACAAAUUCAGAGUCUUUACGACUACACUCAUUAGCUGCAGAAGCUCUUGUUACAAUGCCUAUCAGAGCUGCAGAGCUAACAAGGUCUAGCUUCAUGACUCUGACUGGAGAAGAUGCUGUGGAUGCAGGUGCAGGACAGGGAGAAGCUGAUGGCCCAUGCAUGGCUCAUUCUAAAGUGGUAUCCUCACUGAAGAGUCCUUCAGAGGAGUUUAGUGGCUUAAACCAAAGUGAAUGUGCAAUAGUUGAGAUACAGAAAGAAAGGCCAGAGUUAUCAGAAGCGCCAAUUAAAAUGGGCAUCAGUAUGUCACUACUUACUGUCAUUGAAAAACUGAAGGAGAGGACGGAUCAGAAUGCUUCUGAUGAUGACAUUUUGAAAGAAUUACAAGACAACGCACAAUGCCAAAAUGCAAAUGAUGCAAAUAUUACUGGGAGUAACCUAGUAGAAUAUAUACCUAAUGUAGAUCGACCCUACCGCUGUCGCCUCUGCCAUUAUAGCAGCGGUAAUAAGGGCUACAUAAAACAACAUUUGAGAGUCCAUCGUCAGAGGCAGCCAUACCAGUGCCCUAUCUGUGAACACAUUGCUGACAAUAGUAAGGAUUUAGAGAGCCACAUGAUCAACCACUGUAAAACAAGAAUGUAUCAAUGCAAGCAAUGUGAAGAAUCCUUUCAUUAUAAGAGCCAACUGCGAAAUCAUGAAAGAGAACAACACAGUCUUCCAGAUAUCUUUUCAACAGCUACAUCUAACAAAGUAAUAGUUUCCAACGAGGUAGAUGAAAGAGAAGGAAAUAAGUCUUCAGUUCAGAAGCUGUAUAGAUGUGAUGUAUGCGACUACACAAGCACAACUUAUGUUGGUGUACGAAAUCACAGACGAAUUCAUAACUCAGAUAAGCCAUAUAGAUGUCAAGUAUGUGACUUCGCCACCACAAAUAUGAAUAGCUUGAAAUGCCAUAUGAGGCGCCACCCCCAGGAGCAUCAGGCAGUGCAGCUAAUGGAACAGUACAAAUGUUCUCUCUGUGGAUAUGUCUGCAGCCAUCCUCCAUCCCUGAAGUCCCACAUGUGGAAACAUGCAAGUGACCAAAAUUAUAACUAUGAACAAGUGAACAAGGCCAUUAAUGAUGCAAUUUCACAAAGCAGCAGGUUUCAAGGACAGCUUCCUGACAAAACCUUAUUAGAAGGCACAGAUGAAAGUACGGUACCUAUACUAGGAAGUUCAGACAACUUGGUGUCUUUUACAGAGUCUAUUAACCAGACUACAAAUGAAAUUUCAGGUUCUGAUGAAAAUGAAAAACCUAACUUGAUGAAUACCUCAUGCAGUUUAGAAAAGAACUCCACUCUACCCUAUCUUGGCACAGAAUAUUGUGUUCUUCUCUUCUGCUGCUGCAUUUGUGGUUUUGAGUCUACCAACAAAGAAAAUCUGCUGGAUCAUAUGAAAGAACAUGAGGGUGAAAUCAUAAACAUCAUUCUAAAUAAGGACCACAGCACAACUCAGAGCACAAACUAGGUGAAGCAGUAAGUUAAAGUGAGGGUUUCCUGGAGUGAAUAUUUUCUUUCUUUGUUAAUUUUUGCCUGAGAAGCUUUCUAAGGAGAAGAAUUGCAAGGAAAAUUUGAUUUCCCAUGGUGAGUCUUUGUUUCAGUAGGAGUACAAAAUUUUAACCAGGGACCGAUGAAUCAUUUAAGAGAUAAAUAUGAGUGGGGAAGAUCCUUUUUAACCUGUUCUUUCUCUUUAUGGUGCCAAGAAUGUAGAAUUGUUGGGGUUUUCUUUUAUUGUCAGGUACUAGUCAGUAAUAAUGCAUUAGCACCGUACGUUAAAACCCAAAGGUAUGAAAGCUUUGUAUCAAUUGAAAAGCUUUCUUCCACCUCCCUCUUUGUUGUUAUCCAAGUAUUUCAGCAAAGAAUUUUUUUACCCUCUUUUUUGUGAAACUGGCAACAGACCAGGUAAAAAUUUUAAACUAUGAUCUCCUAAACCCCACUGCGUGGAUUCUGGAAGGAUUCUGAAGGGCAUGUGUGUGCUUGCAUGCAGACAUAGGUGUUUCAUUUUUUCCGAUCUAUUUUUAAGGCCUUACAAACUCCAAGUUGUCCUUCAACAAAGACUGCUAUCUUUUCUCUUGAUUUAGAGCACCAGGAGCUGAGAAGCCUAGAAGCAUUUUGCUAAUAACUUUAUCUGAUUGGAUCCUAACUAAAAAAAUUAUACUUUUUGGAAUGAUAGUGUGUAAAAGAUCCUUUAUAAUGAUGACCUACUGUUUCUUAAUGGUUUUCUUGACACAUUCGGCAGAAGUAUUUAAAAAAAAAAAAAAAAAAAAAAAAAAAAAGCAAGCUUAUCAUAUGCCACUUUUAAUUUGUGGUGAUUACUUUUGCAGUAUAUAUGAGCAGUGUUUUUUAAUGAGAACAAGAUAUUAACAGUAAUCACCACAAAGUGAUGUAGAUUAAAACUUUGUAGAUUGCUAAAGGUGUAGGUGAGCCCGAAGUGGGAUUUUGAGAAAUGCCUACGUGCUUUGGAGUUCUUUGAAAUCCCACUGGCUGUCUAAAAUCCUCACUUGUCUGGCAGAGCUGUAACUGUAGAAAUAAUUCACUGAAAGAUACAGUAAUCUUCCUGUAGAAAAUCAUAUUUUUUAAAAAAAGGCUAACUGUAUUUUAAGCGAAAAUUUAUCCAGUCACUUGUAGAAUAAAUUUUACUAGUGCAUAUAAUAGGGAUUCAUAAAGGGAAUUAGGGAUUACUUUGUUUUCUGAGGAACGCAUAGAAAACUCCCUUUUAAAGCCUUUAGCUUCUAAAAUUACAGUGCCUUUUUUUUCUUUUACAGUUACAGCAGUUUGCAGUACAAGACAUUAAUCUAUGUAUCAUUUCAGAAUAUUAUCAUACUGGCUAAUUACUGGCAACUUUGUUGAGGUUAUUUGUAAAAGUUGGCUCCUUAAGUUGUUUGAAAUAUAUGCUUCAACCAAGUGAAGUAGUAGCACUUCCAAAGAAGCCCUUUAGCAGCUAGAUUUAAACUUUCUAGUUCAGGUAUGUAUUUCUGCUUUUGAAAAAUGGCAGAUGUACAGAAGCAUGCCUAGUUCCUGACAUGGGGAUGGAGUUACCUGAUUUUUAGUAGCUCACUACUUUAAAAAUGACUUACUCUUAGAAAAACAGUAUUUUACAGUUAUUUUAUUUACACUUUAGUUUCUGCUAGCAGAAAUAAGCUACAACUGUAAAUCUAAGAAGGUGGCAUAUGUAGUGUACAGUCUAUUGCACUAUCGCUGACUAGAAGUGGCAAACAGAAGAGCAAGUCGUUACGACUUUAGGAACCAGCACAAAAUCUAAAGGCCCAGGGGUAAAGGCACUAGGAUUUCAAAUACAUUUGAUGAUUUUUGUUUUCAUGUGAUUUCCUCCAUUUGAUUUGUUAUUCUGGGUUAAAUAUCUAUUAUUUUGUUUAUAAAUUAGAUAGCAGAAAGUACACCUUUUACUUUAAAAAUUGGUCAGGGUAUAAUAUCAAAGCAUUUUUGUGUCAGAUAUUUGAGAUAUUUUAAAUACAUAUGUGAAGAAAGUAUACAUUCUUUUCAGUUAAAAGUUAUUUUUCAUAUUCCUACAGAUGGAUUUUACGUUUGAAAAACAUGAUUUAUUGACAUGAUCUCAAAUUCAGUUAGAGAUAGUGAACUUUUAAUGGGUUAUUCAUGCCGUCUUAGAGAUAGUAAACUUUUAAUGGGUUAUUAAUACGGUGUUAUUGACACCAAUACUUUACCUUCAAUAUAGAAUUCAUGUGAAAAGAUUACAUUAUCUGGAAUAUAUCUCAACUUUCUCAUUCAGGGAUCCCAUUUGUUGAAAAAAAAUUAAAGGUACAAUGAGAUCCAUAGUAAAGGUAACCUACCAGUCAGUAUCCACAGAAACAGUAUUUUGCCACAUUGUUAUUUUUGUGUAAAGGGAUUAUUAUUUUAAAGUUGCUCAGCUAGUGAAAGAUAGAAAGGUGAAAAACUUGCAUUCAUAAGCUAAGGAGGAGAUGGCAGUGAAGUAAGACUUAAAAAGCAAGUAACCUUGAAUCUAAAUUAACAAUUGUGGUGUAUGUGCAAGCCACGUUUGCAGCAUCCAGCAUAAUGCACCAGGACUCACUGUAAUGGGAUUACUAAACAGGAUGCAUCUAUUCACAGUUGUUCUUUGCCAUCUUGUUCCUUUUUUUUCUCCAUGUGUUCCUAUAAAAUAGUAGAAAGUUAGUUGCCUCUAAAAACCAUUAUCAAUCCUAACAAAUGCCAGCAAAUAAUUCUUUCCCAUAUGCACAGAUUUUUUAAAUUUUUUUUAACUGUUUUCAUGCUGCUUGCCAUUAGUUACCCACUCACAACUCCCAUGAACUUUAUCAGAAGUUCUGCAUGUGAAGUUAAUUAUAGACUUAGUUUUUCUGAAAGCAAAUUAUUCCUCAGGUUAUCUGCUUUAGAAAGUGUAUGGUUGGCUUGAUUGCAUGUUAUGUAAGGGGUUUUAAGCACAUUUCAAAGUCACUAACACUGCAGUCUUCCCCUUUCUUUAAGCUUUUAAAAUACUUUUCAAUCUUCUGUCACAGCACUAUCAGAUGAUCAGCUAUUCACUUGCUGUUUGUUUAAAUUAGAUUUUAUUCUGCAAUACGAUCUGUAACUUGCAGCUUUGUUUUAAAUGCCUGUACUUCUACUAAAGAGAAAACUUCAUUUGUACUAGGCUGUACUGAUAAGUAGGUGCAUAUUUCAUCUUUCCGAUUUAUGCUUGGCCUGGGAAAAUAGAGUGGGAUUCAGUCAGAGUUAUUGUAUUUUCCUCUUUCAGAAGCCCUUAUUUAAUCAUUUUUAAAAAUGUACAGUUGGUGCUCAAAGUAACAUUUGUUAAGAUAUAUUUAAUAGAAAUUUACAUUUGCAUUUGAUAUUCAUGGACAUGGGUACAUGUAUUUUUUUAAGAAAAGGUAUUGUAACACUAUGGCACUGCUUUUCUAGCCAAAGUAUAAAAAAUUUAGAAAACUGACAUGUAAAGACUGCAGUUAAUUCUGAUACUGUAUCUUAUUAAAUAGGAUGACUGUCAUUUUAUAAAAUUAUCCAGCACAUUAAGCUGCAUGCCUUAAGCUCUCUCUAGGAUUGUGUUCCUGAUAGACGACUGUUUGGAACUAUGAAGCAAAGUCUGUAGUACUACUUUAACUACCUUCUGAAAUACUGUACAAUGUUAGAAUAAUUUAUUUUGCUUUACAGGAGUUUGUCACGUAUUGACUUUAAUAUUGUAUUUUGGUAAUAAACUUUUUUUGUUAAA